AUGCUGGCCUCCCUGGACACCGAGAGCGCCAGUGCGGGCAAACCCUGCCUCUCCCAAGGAGCUGGAGGCAGCCUGGGGACAGUGGCCAGGCCCCGGCGAGGAAGCGGAGGCAAAGCACCGGCCACAGCAUGGGCCACCCUCUCGGGGCCUACCGCCUCCCUCCUGCCUGGCAGCGGGGCUGCCCAGGACCCCUCCAGGCUGCCUGGGACCCCUCCGGCCCACCCACACUGGCCACUGGAGUUUUGGAGUGCCCGCUGGGCCCAAUACCCCGGCCAGGCCUCUGACACCCCUCGCCCCGGCAACCUGCGCCGGGCCCUGCUCGUCCCCUCAGGCCCGGGCGAGGCACUGCGUUCCUCACCCUCAUUGUCUCUUUUACAGAUAACUGACUCAGCUGGGCACAUCCUGUAUGCCAAGGAGGAUGCCACUAAGGGCAAGUUUGCCUUCACCACUGAAGACUAUGAUAUGUUUGAGGCCUGUUUUGAGAGCAAGCUUCCUGUGGGAACAGGGAGGAUGCCGGACCAGCUCGUGAUUCUGGAUAUGAAGCAUGGAGUUGAAGCAAAGAACUACGAGGAGAUUGCUAAAGUGGAGAAGCUGAAGCCUCUGGAAGUAGAAUUGAGGCGCCUGGAAGAUCUUUCAGAGUCCAUUGUUAACGACUUUGCCUAUAUGAAGAAACGAGAAGAGGAGAUGAGGGACACAAAUGAGUCGACAAACACCCGGGUUCUGUACUUCAGCAUUUUCUCCAUGUGCUGUCUCAUUGGACUGGCCACCUGGCAGGUUUUCUACCUGCGUCGCUUCUUCAAGGCCAAGAAACUGAUUGAGUAAAGGAGCAAGUCCUCCUCCCCCUGCCUCUCAGACCCAGCUGGACAUCGCUGGGAUCCAGCCAUGGCCCCCUGGAGCCAUCUCACAGAUGAUACCCACUGACUGGAGCUUUUCUGCAGAUACUUGGACCCUAAAGGGGGAGGGGAGCCUAAACAUUGGAGGCAACGGGGGACUUCUGAAAUCUUGUUGGAUGCUGAGGGUGGGGGAGGUUGUGAUGGGUUUGGGGAUUCCUGGGGCAGCGAUUAAAUAAAAAAAAGAUGUUUCCAUGACAGCUGCAGCAAGUUUUUGCGCUGUCUGUUCUCCUUUUAUAAUCUUGGCUUGAUGAUGUCUCCCAUCUGCCUGUGACUGUAGUGUUACUCUGAGCCACUUGACCCUGCUGAGCUCUUUAGGUGCCAUGCAGCUAGCACCGGGGCAGGGCAGGGGAUUCCCUGUUCUGACCAGCUGGGAUCUAAGCCUCAAGCAAAUGGAGGUGAGUGCAAAGCAAUAGGAUUCAUCAUUCCAGCAGGGCCUGAGGAUAGAGGGAGGUCCAAGGUUUGGUCCCUGUUGUGGACCUCUGUGUUUCUCCCUGUGGGAGCUGGUGUCUUUGUGCUGACAGGUCAGGGCACUUGGGCGUACGGUGGUUCAGCCUGGAGGAAGGGGAGCCUUGGAAGGAGGACUUGGGAACAUGUUUGAGCUUGGAAAGGAGAAGUCUUCUUUGCUCAAAUAAGCUGUCCAGCCUUGGGUCCCGCCCUUGCUCCACGUGUUUGUCUUGGAUUUGCCUCUCUUGUUCUGAAAUGAUGCAGCAGCUUUCCUGAAAGCCUUGGUCAGGGACGGCCUUUUGUGCAGACAGGAGGCCUCAGUCAGAUACAGUCACAGAGCAAAUAGGAGCAGGUUAUGCUAGGAAACUUGGUCUUACAUUGAGCAGGAGACUUUUCUCAUCUAACAGUGUAGCGUUUAUUCGGCAGGCAGCUGGCUUAAUAUCACUUUCUAGACCCCAAAGCAAGGUGGGCUGCUGCUCAUGUGAAGCACGAGGGCCUGUACCCUGCAUUGAGGUCUGAGGGUGCAAGGGUGCUUUGCAGAUUGGCAGAGGAGUUGGAAGAAUGUGGAUGAACUCAAAAAAGCAGUACAGGGUAGGAAUAGGCUAAUUCUACAUCUGGGGGGAGUCUGAACUGUGCCCUCAACAGAAUUGUUCUCCUAUGCAGUACUAGAGAGAGAGCAAGCAGCUUCUUGUCAUUUCUCAGCCAUCCAGAUGUCAUGAUGUUAAAUAAGCCAGGCUGGGAAAAAACAGGCAGGUUAACUUCUGGACUUACCUGCUGCAGUUUUUAGGCAGUGAUUAAAAUUCUUUCACCUUCUCUGCAUUCCUUCAGAGCAAAUGGUUCAGCAGCAGAGCAUUCUGGUGUCAUGUGCCUAGACACUUCUGGCUAGGGAAGGGGUUGUCAUGGCCCUGGGCCUGGGCUACCAUUUUGAAAAAAGCAUGGUUUUAUAAUUUCUGACCUGAAUCUGAUCUACUGCUGGGAAGGAAACGGUUGUCCAGCAUGAGGCAAUAGGAAAGAGGAUGAAAAGAUGACCUCCUGUCAUCUAAAUACAUUAGUACUUUGCCUCCCCUUUGCCAUUGCCAAGUUCCUGGAGUUGUUAGUUCCACUGGCAAGUGCUUCGAUUGCUUUUAAUUUGUUUCUUUUUUGAUAAAGCCAUAUUAAGAACCCAAGUCUACUCCUCUGCCCUUGCAUCCAUUUUAUCCUUGUACGUUUUUGAAAGCUGUUACAGUGCAGAACAGCAGUGAUGCCACAGGACUGAAUUACAGAAGUCAUUUGAAGGUAGUUUUAGGUCCUACAGUUUGAAGCCUGUAGAUCUGUUAAGGUUUUGCUUUUGUUUUUAUAUAACUUGAAAAGACAGUACAAGAAAGGGGCUUUUCCAGUCUUGUCUGUUUUGAUAUCCUCUCCCCGUCCUUAUCUGAGUACAAAGAUAUCUUUAUCUUAAAAAUGGUGGCGAGGCCUUAAGUUCCCCAGGUGACUGUUACACUAUCAUCAUUCUGGUGUUGCGUUUUGAUCUUCACUGUACUGGUAUGGUUACUGGGGAGCAGGUGUGGGGGGCUGGUGUGGAUUUACCUGUAAUGACUGGUUGGGGGAUUUUUGUCAACUUUGUCAAAUAAAAUUUCUUUGGGGAAAA